AUGGCACCAAUCAUAGGUGCCGCAGGAAUUGCUUGCACCCUAUGUUUGGGUCUUUUCGUGUAUCUUAGCAAGCGAGCUCAAGCACCCAGCAAACAGAGCAGAGGACAUGGUCUUCCGCUUCCGCCUGGGCCUAAGCCACUGCCGUUUCUUGGGAAUGCACUUGAUAUGCCUGUGAAACGUGAAUGGGAGGCAUUUGCCAAAUGGGCGAAUGAAUAUGGUGAUAUUGUUCAUGUCAGCGUCUUCGGCCAGAACUUUAUUUUCCUCAAUUCUGCCAAAGUUGUGAACGACCUGUUCGACAAGAGGGGUUCUAUCUAUUCUGAUAAACCUCGCUUACCAUUACUCACAGAAUUACUAGACUUUGAAUGGAACUUCGGUUUUAUGCCCUAUGGAGAGGAGUGGAGAAAGUAUAGACGCAUGUUUGUGGGCAAGUUCGGAGCUAGCGCUGCUCAUAUCUUCAAUCCAAUCCAUGAGCGUGUCUCGGGCCUAUUGCUACAGCGGUUUUUGGAUACUCCAGAGGACUUCAUAGAUCAUCUUCGCCUCCAUGCGGGUCAGAUUAUCAUGAUGUCGACAUACGGUAUUUUUGUAGAUUCAAGACAGCAUCCAUAUAUUCAAAUUGCCCAAGCCGUGAUGGACUCAGUUUCUGAUGCUGCACGAGCUGGGGCAUACCUGGUAGACGCGUUUCCGAUCCUGAAGAAAGUACCAACGUGGUUCCCUGGAGCGCAUUAUCAGCGUGUUGCUCAGGGCUGGGCUGCGGAAGUUCGAAGGCUUAGGUUCAUUCCUUUUCUUGCGAGCAAGAACCAAUUGGCCGACGGCAAAGCGCCACCUUUUCCGUCCUUUGUCGCUGAUGAGCUAGAGGAAAACGGCUAUGACGAGAAAGACGCUGAACUGAUGAUUCAAGAUUGUGCGGCUGUCGCAUACGGAGCGGGAUCCGACACUUCCGUCGCAACGCUCACUGCAUUCGUUCUCGCAAUGGUUAUUCACCCGGAAAUUCAAAAGAAAGCUCAGGAAGAGCUUGCAGCAGUCGUUGGAACUUCGAGGCUCCCUACGUUCGCUGAUCGCAAUGAUCUCCCAUAUAUUUCAGCCAUCAUGAAGGAGACAAUACGAUGGCAUACAGUAGCUCCGCAGGCACUCCCGCAUACCCUCAGAGAAGAUGACGUAUAUAAUGGUUAUCAUAUCCCAGCAGGAUCCAUUGUUAUCGGCAAUACUUGGAAUAUUACGCAUGACCCGGCACUCUACCCAGACCCUAUGGAGUUCAAGCCGGAACGUUUUAUUAAUUCAGAAGGCAAACUCGAUUUUUCCGGCGCCACGGACCCGUCAAAGUUCGCUUUUGGUUAUGGCAGAAGGAUUUGCGCCGGAUGGCACUUCGCUGAGAAUACGAUAUUCAUUACAAUAGCACUCGUUUUGCACUGUUUCAACAUCACGAAUGCAAAGGAUAAGGCUGGGAUGCCCAUUCCUGUCUCUCUUAAUGCUGGUUCUGGUGUCAUUUCGCAUCCUGAGCCGUUCCCAUGUUCCAUCACUCCACGCUCUGCCCAGGCGGAAGCCUUAAUUCGUCAAGCUGCCGCCUCCGCCCAAUUUGUCUAG